CAAAAUACAAUUUCCAAAGUUUUUUUAAAUAAAAAUAGCACAACUUAUUUAUUGAAUUUAAUUCAAUACAUAAUUUUAUGAACUAAAGUGAUUGGGAUUAUGUCUGGUGAAGAACCAAUCAGUAAAGAAGCCACCCAGGCUGUGGUCAACUUUUUAAAAUCAAAUGUUCCUAAAUCUGAUGUGCCAAACAUUGAAACUGAACUGAAGAAAGACUUCGUACUCUCAAAGACGAAAGGCAAAAAGUUUAAAAAGAAACCGAAGAAGAAAAAGUCGCAGAAUCUAACCAGGAAAGAAAAGAAAGCACUAGGUUUUUAUGUUUUGCCUAGAAAUAGUGUGAAAUAUGAUGAUGUCCUGCCUAUGAAUCAAAUCUGGACAGAUUAUAUUAGUCAAAUGUUGGAGUUAGAUAAGCCUAUACCAAACUGCACUAGUAAAAGUUGGGAGACUUUCACACAAACCCUUUACAAGGCAGAUUUCCAUGGAGCCAUGUUAACAGUAGUGAGAUCAAAAUGUCCAAGUUAUGUUUUAAAAUCUGGUAUCUGCAUUAUGGACACGAGAAAUACUUUUAAAAUUAUUUCUAAGGAUAAUAUAAUAACAACUAUUCCUAAGAGGGAAAGUGUAUUUGAAAUGAAAGUGAAAAAUGUGAGAAUAACUUUGUUUGGGAAACAUUUUUGUGUGAGGCCUGCAGAAAGAUCUACAAAGAAAGUGAAAAGCUGUCUACAUCCUGAUUUGUGAACUUUGUUGAGAAAAAAUAUAAAUUAUUUUUAACACACUCUUU